GCUCGGAGGGAAGCAGGAGGUGUGGAGAUAGGAAUGUGGGACAGAGAGGCGGCAGCAGAGAUAGAGAGACUAGUUAGGCGACUCAACACUUCUACUACUCACUGAACGGGGCAGAUAAAGAAACAGUUGAUGUAGAACAUGGCUGCCAAAUUGUGGAACCUAUUGCUGGUCGCUGCAUCAGUCCAUCUGGUUGGCUCUGUUGAACAGCUGCAUCAAGAUCUGAUCCACGAGUUCUCUUGUGGACACAAAUAUUACCGCACAUUUCAUUUGGAUGAAAAACGAGAGUCACUUUAUGUGGGUGCACUUGACAAAGUUUACAAACUGAACUUGACCAAUAUAAGUUUGUCAGAUUGUGAAAGAGAUUCAUUGACUCUUGAACCAACAAAUAUUGCAAAUUGUGUUUCCAAAGGGAAGUCAGCAGACUUUGAUUGCAAGAACCAUAUUCGUGUAAUUCAGCCAAUGGGUGAUGGAAGUCGUUUGUAUAUUUGUGGGACAAAUGCUCAUAGCCCAAAGGAUUGGGUUGUGUAUUCAAAUUUGACACAUCUACAGAGACAUGAGUAUGUUCCAGGUAUUGGUGUAGGUAUUGCGAAAUGUCCUUUCGAUCCUGAAGACAGCUCAACUGCAGUUUGGGUAGAGAAUGGGAAUCCAGGUGAUUUGCCUGGUUUGUACAGUGGUACAAAUGCAGAGUUUACUAAGGCAGAUACAGUUAUUUUUCGCACUGACCUCUAUAAUCUCACAACAGGUCGACGGGAAUAUUCUUUCAAGCGUACUCUGAAAUAUGACUCAAAGUGGCUUGAUAAUCCAAAUUUUGUGGGUUCAUUUGAUGUAGGUGAAUAUGUGCUUUUCUUUUUUAGAGAGACUGCAGUGGAGUACAUAAACUGUGGUAAAAGUGUUUACUCACGUGUUGCCCGUGUAUGCAAGAAGGAUGUUGGUGGAAAGAAUAUUCUCAGCCAAAAUUGGGCAACAUUUCUUAAAGCACGUCUAAACUGUUCUAUUCCAGGGGAAUUUCCAUUCUAUUUUAAUGAGAUACAAGGUGUUUACAAGAUGCCUAACACAGAUAAGUUUUUUGGAGUGUUCAGUACUUCGGUAACAGGACUUACUGGCUCAGCUAUUUGUUCUUUCACUUUGAAAGACAUACAAGAAGUGUUCAGUGGAAAGUUCAAGGAGCAAGCUACUAGCAGCUCAGCCUGGUUGCCUGUUCUACCUAGUAGAGUCCCAGAUCCACGUCCAGGAGAAUGUGUCAAUGAUACUGAAUUGCUCCCAGAUACGGUUCUUAAUUUUAUACGUUCCCAUCCAUUAAUGGAUGGAGCAGUAUCUCAUGAAGGUGGAAAACCAGUAUUUUAUAAGAGAGAUGUCUUGUUUACGCAGCUAGUAGUGGAUAAAUUGAAAGUUAACUUGGUGGGUAAGAACAUGGAAUAUAUUGUGUACUAUGCCGGGACAAGUACUGGUCAGGUAUAUAAAGUUGUCCAAUGGUAUGACAGUGGUGGGCUGCCUCAGUCACUACUAGUUGAUAUUUUUGAUGUCACACCACCUGAACCAGUCCAAGCACUACACUUAUCUAAGGAAUACAAAUCUUUGUAUGCUGCAUCAGAUAAUAUAGUGCGUCAGAUAGAACUGGUUAUGUGUCAUCACCGUUACAGCAAUUGCUUGCAGUGUGCUCGGGAUCCUUACUGCGGAUGGGAUAGAGACUCGAACUCAUGUAAGUCAUACACCCCAGGACUUCUUCAGGAUGUUACUAAUACAAGUGCAAACUUAUGUGAACACAGUGUAAUGAAAAAGAAACUGAUUGUUACUUGGGGGCAAAGCAUACAUCUUGGAUGUUUCUUAAAAGUACCAGAAGUAUUAAGCAGUCAGACAAUAUCCUGGGUCCAUUACACUAAAGACAAAGGCCGUUACCCUAUAGUUUAUAGGCCAGACAAAUACAUUGAAACAUCAGAGCAUGGCUUAGUAUUAAUAUCAGUUACAGAUUCAGAUUCUGGUCGUUACGAUUGCUGGUUAGGUGGUUCUUUGCUUUGUAGCUAUAAUAUAACAGUAGAUGCCCACAGAUGUUCAGCACCUGGGAGAUCUAAUGAUUACCAGAAAAUAUAUUCUGAUUGGUGUCAUGAAUUUGAACGUUCUAAGAUAGCAAUGAAAACAUGGGAAAGAAAGCAGGCACAGUGUAGCACAAAACAAAACAACAGUAACCAGAAAACACAUCCAAAUGAUAUAUUUCACAGUAAUCCUGUAGCAUGAUUUGCAAAAGGAAAAAUGAUCUUGUUUUCCUCUUUGUGUUGCCUUCUGGUUAACAUUGUUGAGAUUGUUGAGAACUUAGUGUUCUUACAGUGUGAAAUGCAUCGAAUCAGAUCAUCUUUCUGAAUGUGUGCUUGCAUCAACAACAACUUGUAAAAAGCAAACAAAGUUUUCUUUUAUUUAAUAAGAGAAUGGAACUUUUGAAUGUGUUAUAAGUAACUUGAAUGUGUACUUAUCAACAUACUGACUGUUGGAGGAUUAUUAUACUCAAUUUGAACACAAGAAGUGUGCUACUAAAUAAUGUUUCCAGUUUCCCUGAUGAGAAAGCAUUUAUCACUUUAUGCUGUGUUAAUUUGAAUGUGAGAGAUUUAAAUUCUAACUGUAUUAAAUCCAGUGACCAAUGUCUGUAGUGUUCCAAAAAUUAGGUCUCAUCAAUGUCAUUAAGAUUUAUUAAAGGUUUUGUGUUGCUGAUCAAGACCAGAAAUGAAUUAUUAACUCAAAGAGUAGAUGCAUUGUAGUAUUUUAUGUGGAGUGCAGAUUCUCUCUCUCUCUCUCUCUCUCUCUCUCUCUCUCUCUCUGUGUGUGUGUGUGUGUGUGUGUGUGUGUGUGUGUGUGUUUUUACUAAUCAUGUAUUUUAUUUCAUUCAUAUCUGAAAUAAUAAAAAAAGACUGCAAUUAAUAUGCACACAUUAUUUAAGAAGGAAAUUGUGUUAAUGCACACACUCACACACACAAAAUAUUAUUCUAAUUUUUUACGUAAGUUUUCUUUUAUAAACGUAGGCUUCCACAGCCAUUGUCACAGUCAGUAAAAUUUAUCUGGGUUUGAGACUGCACUGUCAUUGUAUAAAACCACUGACAUUUCAGUCACUGUUAGAAGUGACCUUCAGGGUGUAGUUUUACAUAUUGAUAAUGUGCUCACAGACCCACAAAAAUUUUAUUGACUGUUUUCUUACUUUUUUUUUAGUGCACUUUCAUAGAAAUAAUUUCUCCCAAUGCAUAAUGGAGUCUUCAAGUGGCAACAUUGAUGUGCACACAAAAUCUAAGAAAAGUGCAAAAACGUGAGGUACAAAUUGUAAUAAAGAUAGGUUAAAAAAAAAAAA